GACGAUGAUCGUGCGAGAGGGAACAUCUCCAUAUCCAGAUAUUGCCUCAACUGCACUAGCGAUCCUCCACUCGCAACGACGAGAAGCCCCAAAAGGCAAAUAAAGCAAAAGUCCUCUCUCCUCUUCUCAGCGAACUAUGUGACGGAUGCACGUUUUGAAGCCUCAAACUCCCACUCAUUGCGUUUGACCACCCGAUUUACUAUCCCGUACACUUAUUAUUACCCAGCAGUAUUACAUGCAUGACUGUCACACCGAUGGAGGAACCAUUAGCUAGCUACCUGCUACCUGCUACCUGCUACCUGCUACCUGCUACCUAACUUAACUACCGAGCUACCUACCUACCUACCUACCUACAGACAGACAGACAGACUAUUUAUGAGAAGGAUUCUCUUCCCCAGCUUGCCGCAUUUUCUAUUUGAACCAAAGGAAUCCCCGACGGGAGAAAGUCCUUGUAUAUUGGCCGAUUCGCAUCCAUUGCAAUCAGUACAUCCCUCACUGCACCCGCCCAUCCAACGACCAAUUCUAUAUUCUAUUUACUUGCACCUUCCCUUCACACGUCCCCUUCCCCAUUUUGCGAUUGCGCUGGAUUGAGGAUUCAUCAUUUGACUUGCCAUUGCACCUUCCUCUCACCAAUCCACGGAUACCAAGGCGACCUGCAGCAGCUGAAACAAAGUAAUAAUCCACGAGGUCGUCAAUUCAAUUCGAGCAUUCGAUAGCCCAUCUGCAAAAAUACAGCCUGCCGUCUUACAAUCUCAUAUUAGGCAGUCAGCCGCACAAGCACGUUAUUCCAAAUUGCACAAUAGGUCAAACCUGCCAAAAUUCUUCCCUUCACAACGGCUCCCCUAUUGAAAGCAGGAAAGAAAAAGGGUAGGCCAAACAAGAUGGAUACUCCAAGUUCAAGCAAAGGUAGUGAUCAAGCAACGGAGAGGGAAGAGCCUACAACAGUGGUUGUUGGAGAAGGCUCAUCGACUGCACAAAUUGAAGCUAAACCGCGACAAACUACGGAUAAGCUCCGUAAAGCCAAGACAUCUAAGAAAGAUAAGGCAGAUAAGAAUUGCAAGUCCAAGGGAAAGAAGAAGAAAGAGGUGGUGGAGACGGAGUCGGAGAGCGAAGACGAUGAAUCGUCCGAUUUAGAUUCUUCUUCCUCUUCUUCCAGUGAUUCUGAUUCUGAUUCGGAGACUGAGACGGAAAAGGAAAAGAAGAAGAGAAAGGCUAAAUCGAAGGCUAAACAAAAAUUAAAGGCGAAGCGUAAGGCUAAAGCGAAGAAGAGAGCUAAGAAAGAUGAUACUUCUGACUCCGAUUCAACUUCCGAUUCCGAUUCCGAUUCUGAAGAUGAAGAUGAAGAAGCCGAGAAUGAUUCUGGUGAUGCCGAUGCCGAUGAUGAUGCCGAUGAAGUCACCGAAGCCACGAAUGAUCAAAUUCUAGCGCAAGUGAUGCAGCUUCAAGCGAUGCAUCUUCAAGCAACCCAAAGAAAUCAUAUCUCUCACCCUGGUGCACAAUUGCCACCUGCCACAAUAUGGAACUUGCCACCUCCACCUCCACCAACAAAUCCUCUUCGCCCUGAUGCAAGACGCCAAGCUUUGCGUAGAAAGCUUUUGUUGGAUGGGAGGAAGGAACCGGUAAAGGGUAAAAAGGAUAAGGGCAAGAAAAAGAGGGGAAGUAAGUUGGAAUUCAAGAGAGUAGAUCAAUUAUGGGAUAGCACAAUCCAUAAUUACAAGCUUACCGACACGGCUGAGGAUGAAGAGAGUUCGGAAUAUGAUCAAUAUCUUUUUAACGUUCGCAGAACAUUUGAUUGGGAGGGAAAGUAUAAGGCUACUGUCGUUGAUAUCAAGAGUAAACUUCUGAAAGAAGCUCUGACUGAAGCUAUGGAUGGUGUUAAAGGUGUCAGUUUUGUCGAAGAAACUCCAUGCAUUGAUCCUAAUCUUCUCUUCCUCUACCUUGAGGACCUUCGACAAUCUUGCAAAAAAUUGAAGAAUAAGAAGGUUACCGAAAAGAAAGGCAAAAAGAAGAUUAAGAAGAGAAAUGAGACCAAGAGAAAACACCUCAAAGUUCUUUUGAAAUAUCUCGACAAGGACUAUGCUUCUACUAAAAAGACUCUUUAUCCUAUGCUGGAGAACGGAAUUAUUACAUUUGAUUUACUCUGGGCCUUGUACAAACCCAAUACGUUGGCUUAUACCACAACUUAUGGAACAGCAGAUGAGCCAAGAGCUUUUAAAAUCGAGUUGGCCGAAAAAAUUGCCAGUUUCAUGAAGGGAACUUGGUAUAAUAUUGAGGGUAAAUAUUUGGAGUAUGAUGGAAAGACGUGGGGAAUGGGUACCAUGGAUUGUGAUGUUCCGGCUUUCAAGGGCGCAAGAAAGAUCACAAGUCUUAAUUGUUAUCCUCUGAAAUAUCACAAGAAUGAAGCCAAACUUCGUACCGAGCUCAUUGAGAGAGGUAAGAAGUUUGUGGCUCUACAAGGUGUUCAUUAUAAAAGUCACAAGGGAAUGGCUUAUUACAAGAAGCGCAAGGCUAUUAUCAAAGUAAACAUUGAUGGUAGAAUUAUGGUUGAUCCCGCUAUUCAUCGCCGAAUUUUACCAAAUUACAACGUCAGUACCGUCAAGCCUAAUGAUCCGGAUCUCCUCGGCGAUUCAGAUAGUGAGGAUGAUGACUGUGGCUGUUGUGGCGAUGAGAGUUCUGAUGAUGGUCAAGCAGACCAUGCUCUAGAGAAGAGAGAUGAUGGCGAUGAACAAAAAACGAAGUUCAAGGUUGUUCUUGAUGAAAAGGAGAGACCUCGUCUAGUUCAGGUUCCUGUCGAUGAGGACGGUAAUGAAGUCGUUGUUGAAAAGCUAGAUGAGGUUCCAAGUACAGUUGUCGAUAAGGACAUCAAGGACAACAAAGACAACAAGGAUGAAAAGGGACAGGUUGAAGAAGACAAGAAAGCUCCUCCCGUCUUUACUGAUGAGGAAUACUUAAUUGCUUCUCCUGUUGUUCUCGGAUUUGCAUUUGCUGAAAAGCUUUGGCUUGAAUUCACAGUUUCAGGAAUCAAAGAUAUUGUUUGGAACGAAGGUGCUUAUGAUUCCCUUGUCUUAGAAGACAACACCAAAGCCAUUGUCAAAGCUUUGGUCGAAUCCCACAAAUACCACCCAGCCGAAAGCAUCGAUGACGUUAUUCAAGGUAAAGGUAAAGGACUUGUUGCCGUUCUUCAUGGUCCACCUGGUACAGGUAAAACCCUUACCGCAGAAGGUAUCUCAGAACUCCUCAAAUGCCCCCUCUAUAUGGUUUCAGCCGGAGAACUUGGUACCGAUCCACGUACUCUAGAAGCAGAACUUCAGAAAAUUCUCGAUAUUGCUCAUGCAUGGGGUGCCGUUCUUCUUCUUGAUGAAGCUGAUGUUUUCUUGGAAAAGAGAACUAUUCAAGAUAUUCACCGUAAUGCUUUGGUUUCUAUCUUCUUGAGGCUUUUGGAAUAUUUCCAAGGCAUUCUUUUCUUGACUACAAAUCGUGUUGAAACAUUUGAUGAUGCGUUUCAAUCAAGAAUCCACAUCGCAUUAAGAUAUGGUGAUUUGAGUCCUAAAGCAAAGAAGAGUGUUUUCAAGAUGUUUAUUGAAAGAGUUAGGGUUUUGGAAGGUAUUGAUACAAUGCCUUUUACAGAGGAAGAUUAUAAUGCGUUGGCGAGGAAUAAUUUGAAUGGACGACAGAUUAAGAACACAGUCCGUACAGCACAAGCUCUUGCUGUCAAUAAUAAAGAACCUCUUUCCAUGGAACAUAUCAAACGUGUAUUGGAUGUCUCGAAUGCUUUUGAUAGGGAUCUGAAGGGAGGAACAGGAUUUGAGGAUGCUAUGAGAGGAUACUUUUAAAUCUUUUCUAUCUCUGUUUCUGGCAACGGCUCGGAGGGGAGAGGAUUGGGCAAUGGCAACGGGAUUUCCUUGGGCAUAAAUAAAAGGAAAUUUCAGCGAUCUGUCUAUUUCAUUUAUCUUAUUUUAAUCAUUUGGUGAGGAAUUGGCCGAGGAAUUUUUAAGGCGGGAGGGGUUGCGCUAGUAAUUUUGGGUAUUGGCAGUGUUCCUUACUCUGGUGUGUUUCUAUGGAUUGAUUUCAUUUAACAUUUGGGGGCUUCCGGUUACCAACAAUUGAGGUGUGCGAAUGGAGAAUCAACGGGAAUGGAAUGGGGAAUCUCAAGCAUAGUAACAAAUGUUCCUGAUUACACGGGGUGAGGAUUUGGAUUGGAUAAAAUAGGAUAGGUUAGGAGGGAUGGGAUGGGUUGUGUCAUGAGCGAGACUUUCUGCACGCAUCCUUACUUACAUAGCAUAGCAUAGCAGGCAGCCCUAGGCUUAGCCAUUUUAUGAAGAGCAAUGAAUUUUACUUUUAUC